UCUGUACAAACGAGACCGCAAACUCUAAUCAGAUUUCACUUUUCUGAGCUGCAGAAUCUGCUCCUGUAUUCCGUUUUUUUAGUUUCGGAUUUGGACUCCACCGCAGGGCACGGUUAGAUCCAACAUCUGCUAACAGACAGAAAAACAACAACGUUUUAACAGCUAUCUAGCACUAGUUAAGUUUUUCAGAGACGCGCUUUAUUUACUUGUUUAUUUAAACCGGCGCAAUGCCUUUUAAAAAGACGUAUAUUAGUGUAGGCUACGCGUGUGUGGGUAUACUUGUCGGGUUUUCAGCUUUUCUGGUGUGGAACAUCUCAUAUAAACAACCGUGGACCGCCGCCAUGGGCGGAUUAUCAGGUGUUUUAGCACUUUGGAGCUUGGUCACCCACAUUAUGUACCUGCAGGACUACUGGAGAACAUGGCUAAAGGGACUAAAGUUCUUCAUGGUUAUGGGCGUGUUCUUCUCAGUGCUUUCUAUCAUCGCUUUUAUCACCUUCCUUUGUGUUGCCAUCUCUCGAAAAGAAUCACUCCUGAACCCUAACAGCUUGUACCUGUCAUGUGUUUGGAGCUUCAUGAGUUUGAAGUGGGCAUCUUUGUUAGCUUUGUAUUCUCGUCUAUACCACAAAGAAUUUGCUGACAUUGCCAUCCUCAGUGACUUCUAAAAGAAUGGACUCGCCUACACAGUGAUACAAUGACACAAAUUCAAACACUCUAGUAGAUAAAUACACAUACCUAUUCAGUCGAGAAGGAAAUGCCAACUGGUUACAAGGUGUAAUAAUUAUACAAAUGAGAGGAGAUGAUUGAAGGUGAAGAGACAGGACUGAGUUUACUGAGACUCUCAGUGAACUGCCUGAAAAGACACGACUGAAAGAAAGGUGGUAGCAUCGGACAUGGCAUUCUCCACUCUUUUUACUAGGAGAGCUGAGUGGAUGAAAAAUAAAGGGCAGUCUUUUAUGGUCACCUAGUGCACAUUGUGUAAGUUACUUCUAAGCAGUGCUAUUAGGUGCGUAAUUAUAGUUUUAUGUAAUUGUAUGUUCAGCUUUGGCAUUUCCAGGUCUUUUCCAGUUGUCUUGUGUCUAAAAAUGGACAUUUUUACUUUUUGUAAAAGAGGCUCUUAAGGUUUUAGUGAACAUCUCAUUGCAUAAGGGACUAUAAACAGCAUAAUGGCUUUGUAAGAGUGCUUAUUCUCUAUCCGGUAUUCUUUUAUGUACAGUGGAAAGCAAAACUGACCAGAACAAAAUCUGAAGCUAUAAGAAAAUUUUGUUCACUUGUGUUUGAGUUGAAAUAUUAGUAAAAAGAAAUUUAAAAGGACACUAGUUCAAAUUUUUCAUCUCGCUUUUUAAAUAAAAUGUAUUUAAUAAUAACUUAUUUUUAAAUGUUUGUUAUUAUAACUCCUUUUUAAUUGAUUCCUGUAUCCUUUGAGCAGCCUUUGGAUACUCAGUGUGUCAGGAAAGUAACCUGGACUUUGUCAGAAUUGUGAUGUCCAUGCUAAUCUGCAGUAGCCUGUCUGAUCCAGGCCCAUGCACACAUGGAGGAAAAUGUGUGGUGUGAAGAUGUGGGGGGAAUCUGCUUGGUUGCCCAGCCAUGCUCUGAUUUAUACUUUUUGUAUUGAAAAUAUAUCAUAUCAUGGGAAUAAUACAAUAAUAUUUCUGUUCAAUUUAUGCCAGAACCUGAUAUUGUAUAGUUAGAAAAUAAGCUGCCUACUUUAAAUCAGGUUUCGAUCAUGAAGGUCCGUAAAACUUCUUUUAGUUAUUAAAAUGUUACUCUAUAAUUUGGAUGGAUGUUUAAUUUAAGAUCGACCCACACUUUAUUUCUAUCCUUUCUAAGUUGUUUUUGUUUGUAGAUAAAUGUAAAAUAAAUAAGUUUAAUUAUUUAAUAUCAAUGGUGAAUGCAAACACCUUCCUGUGUUUGUGUGCAUUUGGGCCUUUGUCCUCAUUCUACAGAUUGUAUGUGUGGCUUUAACUCUCUUCAUUUUAUUCAAGAAUUAGUGAUACAGUGAUGUAUUUUCUGUUGAUGAAGAUUGAUUGCACUUUAUUGGUUAAAUCUGAGUCUGAGAAUCAGUGGUGAAUAGUAGAUGUUGAGUGUAGAUAAGAGCAGAGGGCUUCUUCUCUUUGUUAAAUGCAUCAGUUCUUGUGGUGCUUUUAAAAUUGUUGCUAUUUCAUAUGACGACAUUAUGUAAAAAUAUCAGAGGGUUCAAUCUAUCUUGUGUUAGUGACAGUCCACUCAUGUUUGCAUCUUUUUUAUGUUUUCAUUUACACAGAAGUAAAUGUUAAUAGGAAUGUUUUAUUUCAUGUAACCAUAUGAAUGAUUGUAUGUGUAUGUAAUUGUGUAGACACCACAUUAAUAAAAUACAC